AUGGAGGAGGAGGAGUGGUGGAAAGAGGAGCUGGCAACAGACAUCCAUCAUGCUCUGAGGAUGAAGGAACUUAAAUUGCCUGUGUACAAGGCUCGUUCACCACAGAUUGGGAUGCGCCGAUGCCUUGUUGAUAUCUUGAUUCUGCUCAGCAACCACUGCAAGCUCUGCCCCACAGCCCGGCAUCUUGCUAUCUAUCUACUGGACCUCUUCAUGGAUCGCUAUGAUAUGACUGCCAAGCAACUGUACAUAAUUUCAUUUGGCUGUCUUCUCCUAGCAACUUUCACCUACUUAGGAUUGCUUCCAGUUAUUGUCAGCAAAACUAUCCGUAUAAGCAAGCAAGAUUUGUUUAAAAUAGAAGGACUGCUUUUGGAAAACUUUGGCUGGAACCUCUGUAUGCCAACACCAGCACACUACAUUGACUACUACCUCUAUGUAUCUUUUGGAGCGAAUGACCUUCACUAUGGCUGGCCAAUCACCUCACCAAACAAAGUCAGAGAGCUUCUGGAGACAUACGCCUAUUAUUUCCUUGAUUUGUCAGUGCAAGAUCCCACUUUCCUCCAUUUUCGUCCAUCUCUGAUUGCUGCAGCUAGUGUGUGUGCCUCACGUAUCUGUCUGCAGGUUUCUCCUAUCUGGACAAUGCAGCUUGAAUGGCUAACAUGCUAUUCCUUGGAACAUCUUGCCCAGUGCAUUGAGAUGAUGCUCAUGUAUUAUGAGAAUGACGUCAAUGAAACCAGUAACGUAAAGACACAAGAAACAAUUCAAUAUCGAGAACAAGAAGCAGUGGGAAAUAUGAGUUACCAAGCUACUACUCAAGUUCUCUUCCAGCAAUCUAGUUACCACCCUUUAACACAGCAUUCAGCUGCAUUUUCCCAGUUCCAGUGGCCAGUACAAGAUCUGUGCUCAGCUUAUCGUGAAUCUUUACAGCAGGCCCACAGGCCCAGUGGUCCACUUGCUGGAAGCACUGGCAGCUCCCUGCGCUGCUACACAGCUCCUCAGCACAGCCUUCAGCCAUCUGCCCAGGCUCUGCCCAUCCGGGCACCCUUUGCCACGCAGGUGGCAUUUGGAACAGAGAGCAGACCCUGCAUUUCCAGGGUUUGUGGCAGUAGUUACUUCAGUGAUUUUACUGGUCCUCGAGGCGACUCGAUAUUCUUGUCCAGCAAGAUCGGUGCCUUUGACCCUCCGGAUGCUGCUUAUCCGGUGCUUCCCCGCUCCACUCGCGUCGACCCCAGCUUCUACGGGUACCUGGGUUUCUUUGUCUCGCCUGGGUCUAAGUCCCUUGUUCGGGCGCCAAUUUGUCCUCGAGGCGACUCGAUAUUCUUGUCCAGCAAGAUCGGUGCCUUUGACCCUCCGGAUGCUGCUUAUCCGGUGCUUCCCCGCUCCACUCGCGUCGACCCCAGCUUCUACGGGUACCUGGGUUUCUUUGUCUCGCCUGGGUCUAAGUCCCUUGUUCGGGCGCCAAUUUGUCCUCGAGGCGACUCGAUAUUCUUGUCCAGCAAGAUCGGUGCCUUUGACCCUCCGGAUGCUGCUUAUCCGGUGCUUCCCCGCUCCACUCGCGUCGAUCCCAGCUUCUACGG